UUUACUUUCUGCAGGUCCGCCUGAGGUGAAGUCCAAAGUUUAAAAAAGGUGUCAGCACUCGGGAGACCACACGUUUCAAUCAGCUUCGACAUGUCUGAGUUGAGCAACCAGCUGCCCACAGAGCCCAUCUCUGCAGUUGGAGUAGUCACUUCACUCAACAAGGUCCCGGAUGGCUACUAUGUUGUUGCACAAACAACAGAUGGCUCUGACGCCGACCUGCGGAAGGACGGCUUAUUCAAAUCCAAGGUCACUCGCUACCUCUGUUUCACCAGAAAAACUGGGCCUGACGUUGUUGCGGAUAUGAAGGUGAUUGACAUUAAGGACGCGUUGCCAGAGGGCUUCACACCUGUGGAAGAAACCGUGGACACAAAGGAAACUGCCAUGAGGAAGAGGAGGCUCUGUGUGAAAAUGAGCCCUCGUGCGGCUGCUGUGACGGCUGUAUAUGACAUCCAGAUCAUUGCGAAGUCCAAGUACCAUCUUGUUAACUACACCUGUGUAGGUGAGAUAAAUAAUAUGGGAAUAUGGUAUCGAAAGGGUGAUGUUUCUCAGCACCAGUCGUCCCAGGAAAUGUCCAGUACAGCUUGCAGUGACGCACCACCCAACACAGCAAGCAGGAAGACCACGAGCAGGCCGGAUUAUGAGCACCAGAGCAGUGGGAACUACACCAUGACAGGGAGAAACUCAACUAUAGUACAAUGCUCCGGGACUAAAACAGAAGAAAGGCUAAUUCGUUAGGAAGCAGAGCUUAGCUAUGACAGCCUCAGAGCCACAGAGUCAGAGCCGGCUGAGACGCUCUAGCCUUAAAGAGCAUGUGAUCCACACGAGGCGAAUGAGGCAGGCGGGUUUUUAUCCAGCUGGAGAGAGACACCAUGUGGUGAGGAUUCCUCCUGCUGCUCAACAGAGGCACACCCAGGCUAUGGCCAUGUUACACCCUUCCUUAUUUAAUAUGAACCUGCCUAUUAAACAAUUGCCGAAGUGCACAUGAUAGAACUGCAUACAGAAACAAUCAAUUUGAAUUUUAAAGUCACUUUUUUCUUUUUCUGUAUGCCCCCCCAAAAAAGCAAAGCAGAAUAAUUGACAAAAAAAAUGAUUAAUACAUCAUUGUGUUGGUAUGACAGUCGUAUUAUAAGUUAGUCAAGACAACUGUGCAAAAUGUGGCCCUGAAGGAGUAGACAUUAACACACAGCUGAGUGGUUUGUGACACUGGGUGUGGGAUUCCUCCACUGGGACAGGGUUUGAGUGACAGUGAAGAACAUGCACAUACUGUACAGUAGGCUGCCAGCAGUCAUCAUUUAUCUCCAGAAAACUGUCCUUCACAGCUGUACAGACUCCCUCUUUCUUCUACCUUUAUGUGUCCCUUCCUGAGCUGGUGAGAUUUUAAAGAAAAGAGGAUAAUGGAGUUAGCCUGAGAUGGUUCUUGGCUUUAUUGCUAGAGACUGUGUACUCGUCAGCCUUUCAGCAUCACACUGUGAAUGUGAGAGAACGCAACUUUCCCUUCAUUAACAAUGUGAUAGCCUGCAGACCAAGUGUGAGGUCGUAGCCGACAGCCUAUUUGUGUUAAUUGUUAGCGGUGGUAGCUCUGGUGUGUGUGUGUGUGUGUGUGUGUGUGUGUGUGUGGGUGCAUGGGUGCUUGCGUGUGUACGCGUGUGUGUGUGUGGGCUGACAGCUGGCCAGGUUCGAGUUGGUCUAAAACCAUGUGCGCUCUGUCAGGGUUGUACAGGCGCCUUCUUUAGGAUUGAUGAAUUGCCUGCUUUCUUGAUUAAACCCUCCGUCACUUCCCAACAAAACAAAAACCCCACAAAAAAAAAGACCGAGUUGAGGGGAGGAGAGGUAACAUGUCUGGGAAAUCUGUCAUCUGCAGUCACAUCAUGUACAGAUGUGAUGUGCAGGCGCUUUGACGUUUAUUACCAGAAUAUUAAAAACUAAUUCACAUUUAUUUUGCAGCCCUUUUUCACUUGACAGUUCAAGCUCAUUUGAAAAGUUAUCAAGUUUUCAUCGCAGCCCCAACCUUUGCUUUUCUUCACCACGUUGCUUUGAUCCAUGCCAAGUCCCUUUGCCAAUUAGGUCUGCUAUUCAUACAUUGACAGAAAAGCAGGAUAUUUUAAAGGUAAUUAAACUUGCUCUCAUGAAAUGUGGCUAAAAGGUAUAUGUUUGAGAGAAAAUAAAUGUAAAUGUAUUGAAAAAAGUCUAAAACUGUGUGACGUGACGUGACACUGAGUCUGUUGCA